AUGCAUCAGAGCGUGAAGAUAGUUAGCAUCCUGACCUUGGCUGUAGCCAUCUGUCCGUCAAUCUAUGCAAAAGGAAUCAGCGUGCCAUCAGAAAUCGAAAGUACCACAGACUUUGAACGAGAUUUAGAGAACCAAGAGGACAUCACAACACACUUACCUGUUAUAGUUGAACAAAUUCAAUCCAUACCAAUAGAUGUAACAGAUGAAAAAUAUAAUUCAACAGCAGAAUCACCGAACGUCAAAAUAGUAGAAAGCAAUGAUCAAAUAAAACCUGAGAGUGCAUCAAAACUAUUACUGCCUGUAACAAAUCAUUCUUUAGAUAAUGAUAUCAGAUAUCAAACUACAAGAGGACAAGACGAGCUCGAGACACUAAAGAAAGCUGUAUUUGAAAAUGCAAGAAGAAAUUUAAAUAGGCGGUUAGAGAAAAAGAAUAAUAUAAGAGCUCAUAUACAAUAUGACGAAGUAACUGGCGAAUUGAUUAGUGAAGAACACCCUUGUCAUAGAGAAUGUAUGGAAGGCGAAGAACCGAUGAUUUGUUACUACCAUUUUAAUUUAGAAUGGUAUCAGACGAUGAGUAAAGCAUGUUAUGAUUGCCCAUAUAAUUUAACAGAUUGUCUAAGACAAGAUUGUAUACCCGCUGAUGGAAUAAACAGACCCCUUAAUGUUGUCAAUAGAAAGAUGCCUGGCCCUGCAAUAGAAGUGUGCCAACAUGACAGAAUAAUUGUAGAUGUAGAGAAUGACCUAAUGACGGAAGGCACAACAGUUCACUGGCAUGGACAACAUCAACGCGGUACGCCAUAUAUGGACGGAACUCCAUAUGUCACUCAGUGUCCAAUUCUACCAGAAACUACUUUUAGAUACCAAUUCAACGCGUCACACUCUGGAACACAUUUCUGGCAUUCCCAUUCCGGCAUGCAAAGAGCCGAUGGAGCUGCUGGUGCUCUUAUUAUACGGAAACCAAAAUCACAAGACCCCCACGGGAAUCUGUACGAUUAUGACAGAUCAGAACACGUAAUGAUAGUAACAGAUUGGAUCCACGAGAUUUCAGUGGGAAUGUUCACCGAUCAUCAUCAUUCCAAAGGCGAUAACAAACCACCGACUCUCUUAAUAAAUGGCGUAGGCCGUUUUAAGAUAUUCAAUGAUACCGUCAAGCCUACGUACAUGCAAGCUGCUAAGUUCAAUGUUGAACAUGGCUACAAGUAUCGUUUUCGCGUGAUCAACGCGGAAUUUCUAAAUUGUCCCAUCGAGAUGUCAAUCGACGGGCAUAACAUUACUGUGAUCGCUUCCGAUGGCUAUGAACUGGAACCUAUUACUGCAACAUCGCUUGUUACGUAUGCGGGGGAGCGCUAUGACUUCGUGCUUGAAGCUAACAACGAAAUCGACAACUACUGGAUUCGCUUUAGAGGACUUAUGGAUUGUGACGAGAGAUUCACAAAAGCAAAGCAAGUAGCUGUUUUGCAUUACGAAGGAGCUUUUGAGGCUGAGCCUGAAGGCGAUCCAACGUGGGAAGAAUUACAUAAUGAGGGCCUCCAAUUAAAUGCUUUGAAUAAAGGCGAAGAAGAAGACGAGACAAUAAGCGUGGCCGAGAUGAAAUCUCUACAAGGAUAUGACGACAGUUUAAAGGAAAUAGCUGAUUAUCAAUUCUAUAUUGCCUACGAUUUCUAUGCGAAAAAUAAUUCACAUUUUCAUCGUUCCCCUUAUUAUGGAUACUACCAAGUUCCACAUCCAGACAAUCGUCUGUACACACCACAGUUGAACCACAUCAGUAUGAAAAUGCCAUCGAGCCCACUUUUACUGACACGUCCUUCGCCUGAUGCAUUCUGCAACGCCUCAAGUAUAGACGAAAGCUGUAAAAACGGUUAUUGCGAAUGUCCUCAUGUUCUAUCAGUAAGAAAAAACUCGGUUGUAGAAGUAAUUAUUGUGGAUGAAGGAGUUACGUUCGAUGCAAAUCAUCCAUUUCAUUUACACGGUCAUAAUUUCCGUGUAGUCGGUUUGAGAAGACUUGCUGCUAACACAACUAUCGAAGAGGUCAAAAAAUUUGAUGAGAUGGGCUUGUUGAAACGUAAUUUGAAAAAUGCACCAUUAAAAGACACGGUCACAGUACCAGAUGGAGGUUACACUGUUAUACGUUUUAAAGCAGAUAACCCUGGAUACUGGUUGUUCCACUGUCAUAUUGAAUUCCAUGUGGAAGUCGGUAUGGCAUUGGUGUUUAAAGUAGGUGACCAUAAAGAUAUGGCGCCGAUACCCCAUGAUUUUCCCAUGUGCGGCAGUUAUAUGCCUGAUAAUAUGUUAGAACAUGCAACAAGUAAACCUCCUGUGAAUGAUAAUCAAAUCAUUUCAAUCAACCAUUGGUGGCCAGUCAUGUAUGUGAAUGGAACAUCAUCUGCUGUUACAUUAAAAUCAUCGUUCAUCAUUUUGUGGCUCGUUUGGCUAUUGAAUCUAGUUGUCGGGACA